AUGUCCCGGCGCAAGAUCUCCUCGGAGUCCUUCAGCUCGCUGGGCUCGGACUGCCCGGAGACCAGCCCCGAGGAGGAGGGCGAGUGUCCCCUGUCCCGCCUCUGCUGGAACGGCAGCCGCAGCCCCCCCGGCCCCGCCGACACCCCCUUCGCCGCCGCCGCCGCUGCUGCCGCCGCGGCCAGCGCCGGGGCGCGCCGCGCUCCGCGCCGCCGGCGGGUCAACCUGGACUCGCUGGGCGAGAGCAUCCGCCGCCUGACGGCCCCCGCGCCUCAGACCAUUCGGCAAACUCUUCAAAGGACACUGCAGUAUUUUGAGCAUCAAGUUAUUGGUUACAGGGAUGCGGAGAAGAACUUUCACAAUAUAUCAAACAGAUGCUCCUAUACAGACUGCUCUGGCAAUGAAGAAACUGAAGAUGUCUCAGGCAUUCUCCAGUGUACAGCUAAUGUUCUUGGUUUGAAGCUCGAGGAAAUGCAAGAAAAGUUUGGGGAGGAAUUCUUCAAUAUCUGCUUUGAUGAGAAUGAAAGAGUUCUUCGAGCUGUAGGUGGGACCCUUCAAGACUUCUUCAAUGGCUUUGAUGCUUUGUUGGAACACAUUAGAACUUCAUUUGGAAGACAGGCCACCCUGGAAUCCCCUUCUUUCCUAUGCAGAGAGCUCCCUGAAGGCAAUCUCAUGCUUCAUUACUUUCACCCACAUCAGAUUGUGGGAUUUGCAAUGAUGGGAAUGAUAAAGGCAGCAGCAAAGAAGAUUUACCACUUGGAAGUGGAGGUAGAACAGGUCACUAAUGAUAAGUUGUGUUCAGAGGGGACGAACCCAGGUAACUGCAGCUGUCUGACUUUCCUUAUCAAAGAACAUGAAAAUGCAAAUAUCACAAAAACACUUCCACCGGGAACUUCCCAGUCCCCCUUAGACCUGAGGAUUAGCAUCAGCACCUUCUGCAGAGCUUUCCCCUUUCACCUGAUGUUUGAUCCAAACAUGCUGGUUCUCCAGCUUGGAGAAGGUCUUAGGAAGCAGCUCAGAUGUGACACUCAUAAAACUCUGAAAUUCCAAGACUGCUUCGACAUAGUUUCUCCUAAAAUCAGUGCCACAUUUGAACGAGUUCUCCUGAGAUUAUCUACUCCAUUUGUCAUUCGGACCAAACUUGAGGAUUCUGGCUCUGAAAAUAAAGAUAAGGUGAUGGAAAUUAAGGGACAAAUGAUUCAUGUGCCAGAAUCAAAUUCAAUUUUGUUUCUGGGUUCCCCUUGUGUGGACAAGCUGGAUGAACUGAUGGGCCGAGGCCUCCACCUUUCGGACAUACCUAUCCAUGAUGCUACUCGUGAUGUCAUAUUGGUUGGGGAGCAAGCAAAGGCCCAGGAUGGCUUAAAAAAACGAAUGGAUAAACUGAAGGCAACACUAGAAUGCACACACCAAGCCCUGGAAGAGGAAAAAAAGAAAACAGUAGAUCUCCUUAUUUCUAUAUUCCCCGAGGAAGUAGCUCAGCAGCUGUGGCAGGGACAGCAGGUUCAGGCCAGAAAGUUUGAUGAUGUCACCAUGCUCUUCUCGGACAUUGUUGGCUUCACUGCCAUCUGUGCUCAGUGCACGCCCAUGCAGGUCAUCAGCAUGCUGAACGAACUCUACACACGGUUUGACCAUCAGUGUGGAUUCCUGGACAUCUACAAGGUGGAAACAAUAGGUGAUGCGUACUGCGUUGCGGCAGGGCUCCAUAAGAAAAGUCUUAGUCAUGCUAAAGCCAUUGCCCUGAUGGCACUGAAGAUGAUGGAGCUUUCAGAAGAAGUUCUCACUCCAGAUGGGAGCCCUAUUAAGCCUGUACGGAGUCUUUGGUUAUUCUCCUUUCCCUUGUCCACUAAUUUUCUGCCAAAACAGAGACAGGCUGACAUGGAUCUCAUAUUUUUCCAGAUGAGGAUAGGCAUUCACUCAGGAUCAGUGCUGGCCGGCGUUGUUGGUGUAAGAAUGCCACGUUAUUGUCUCUUUGGGAACAAUGUCACCCUUGCAAGCAAGUUCGAGUCAGGAAGCCACCCACGCCGCAUCAAUGUCAGUCCGACCACAUACCAGCUUUUGAAAAAGGAAGAAAAUUUUAUUUUUAUCCCUCGUUCCCGUGAAGAGCUUCCAGAAAACUUUCCAAAGGAAAUUCCUGGGAUCUGUUACUUCCUUGAGGUCAGAAGUGGUCAGAAGCCACCAAAACCCUCCAUCACAUCUGCCAGAGUGAGAAAGGUUUCUUACAACAUUGGCACUAUGUUCCUCCGGGAGACUAGCCUAUGAGGCCUGCUGCAGAUCAAAGACUCGUCAAAAAAGCACAAGCCCAGAACUGGGUCAUGACAGGGGAGUUGGAGGUUCUUUCUAUUUCACUGCCGUGUUCUGAACAAGCAGUAAAAGCUCCAUGUAAUGUCAGGCAAUAAUCAUUUUAAAAGGUGGGUGACUGCUGUCAGUAAACAAAGUGGAGAUAGGGAAAAAAAAAUAUUAAACAACGUACUUCCACUUCCAGAGGAAAUUCUUUCAUAAACUUCAGUCUGGCCCCUCAAUGACAAACAAAACCAAACAAAACAAGAAAAACCCCAACUCUCAAAUUAGAGGUUGGUUUUGUUUUGUGCAGAAAGGAUGAUGGUUCUCGGUAGAUUUGCACCAGCUAAGCAGAAUUGAGAGUCAGUUCUGGUUAUGCAUUCCUACAUUUAAUCUGUUCUUCAGUAAGGUAAUGAUGUUUUUUAACUUUAUGAACAAACAUUUCAUACAUAUACUGUAGACCUGUUGUAACCUUCCUGUCAGGAGGAAUUAUAAUUCAAUACAAAUAUUGUAGGAAUUUUACCUAUUUUUAUACAUAUUUCACUUUCUGGAUAAUUACAUUCCACAUACUGUAAGCUUAGAUAGCUACUGUAUAUUUCAUACAUUCUACCUAUCAAACCUUAUUGUUAUACAAGUGGGAAGAAGUCAUUUUUUGACUUUUUUGGCAACAAAAAUAUCGAUAUUUUACAGUAAAAACCACUUUGGUAAAUCUCUUUACCUGAUGUUUAUGCUAAAGCUUUAUAUGAGCAUUGUCUUGCUUAUAUAAAAUAAUGUUCAGUAUUUGUCCUACAGUGCUGUAUGUCCAGUCCUUCCAGGACAAUGCAAACAAAAUGUAGGAGAUCAAUGUGUUGACAAACAGGAAAGUUCUCUUCAGUGGGGCUUGUUUCCCACUAAAUUAUCAGCCAAACUGAUUUUUGGUAGAAGUCCUGAACUUUUUUAAAAAAUUUGAUCUUGUGAAAACUUAUUUUGAGGAGUUCCAGCAGACACUGGAAGCGCUCUGGAUACUGGUUUUCCACAUUUUUUUAAUAGGACUUGUGCUCCUACUCAAGUUCAGUUAUUGAAAAUCCUAUCUGUUAUUAAUGAUGCUCAUCUGGAAAUUUUCUCUAUUGCUCGAUUGGCUGAAAGGUCCCCUUCUUUAUCUAAUGUAGACCAAAAAAACACUGAAAAGGGGAAUGCAAUACUUUCCCAGGUUUAAUGCAAAUGGCAGUCCAAGAUUUAGAUGAGUCCAUGUCAAUUUUUUUAAGAAAAGGCCAAUUCUUUGCUGUUGAAAAUUAAUAUAGCUUUAUUGUCUUCGGGGAAUCCAAUUGGAAUAAGAUGUGGAUCUGUCCCCUAAUAGGCACAUUUUCAGGCAUUGUUUAUUUCUCAGGUUUUCCUUUAAAAAGUAAUGUCAGUCAGUUUUCCUCUGCAGAUAUACUUCUUUUAGGGCCAUACUGAAGUGGGCUGAUGUUCUGUCCUUGCAGAUUGUUAGUUAACACUUGUGCAGUGAUUCCAAAGUGGCUUAGCUUUACAUGGGCCUGAUCAAAGCUCUCUGAAAUCAAAGAUAAGACUCUCAACAGCACUAAGAGGUGUGAGAAGCUCUGCAUUCCUAUAAUCCAGACCAGAAAUUAGAGUUUACUUAUGGAUUUAAUAGUCAUAACUUGAGGCACCUUUUGAAAAUAAGUAAAUAACUUUCACCACAUGUCCAAAUUAUCCAGUUAGAUAUUUCUGUGGAGGGAAUGACAGU